AUGAAUGAUGAACUUACUCGUUUACCAACAAAUACUUUAAAUGAUACUUCUCAAUCAUCAUUUAUUUCAAUUAAUGAAACGUCUAAUAUUACAACAACAUCACCUUCGAUACUUCGUGUUAAAUUAAAAAAACCAUUUAUUGAUAAUGAUGAUGAUGAUGAAUAUAUAACUUCGAAUUCACCAGAUGUAUCAUCUCGUCCAGUAAAACGUAGUAAAAAAUCUUUUACAAAUGAUAUUCAUAUUAAUAAUAUUUCUGAAUUAAAUAAUAAUCAGCAAUCUAGUCAACAAGAAAUGAACGAAAUAAAACAAAAUCAUUGUACUAUAAAUGAACAAUCAUCGAAUCCAUCAUUAAUUCUUAAAAUUCGUCGAGAUAGUUUAUCAUCAACUAUUGCAAAUCGAAAUACAAUUGAAACUGAUACAAAUCCACAAUUAUUAGUUAAAUUUAAACAAAAUGAAUAUGGUGAAUUAACAACAAGUACAAAUUCAAAUAAUAUUUCAUCGAAUUUAAUAAAUAAUAAUAAUGAAUAUACAAAUGGUUAUAAUAAUUCAUUACAUGAACCAUUAAAUGUUCCAAUAAAACAGGAAAAUAAAUCUCCAAUUCAACCUCAUAUUACUAAUAUGUUAUCAAGUUUAAAUGAUGAUAAACAAUGGAAUAAUCAUCAAAUAAAUAAAAAUCAUAUUUCUCAACAAACAACGACUACUAAGUAUAGUCACUUUUUAAGAUAA